AUGAGCGUCUACAACCCACCCACACUGCAAGAGCUGGCAGUGCAGAGCCUGCUGCAGAACGAGGCCUCAACCAUCUCUGCUCUGGGGUACCUGCCCAUUAAUCUCUUCCCACCACUUUUCAAGGAAGCUUUCACUGGUAGACACAUGGAGUUAUUGAAGGCAUUGCUGGCUGCCUGGCCAUUUUCCUACCUUCCUGUGGGGGCCUUGAUGAAGACACCAGAUGUGGAGUUGUUGCAAGCUGUUCUGGAUGGUGUAGAUAUUCUGCAGACACAGAAGGUUCGUCCCAGAUGUUGGAGGCUUCGAGUACUUGACUUGAGGAAUAUGAACCAGGAUUUCUGGGAUCUAUGGGCUGGCAGAGAUUGGUACUGCUCAACAGAGACUGAAAGUAAUGCACAAAAAUGCAAUGAACUGAGGCAAGAUUUGAAGCUGGUCACUGACCUUAGCCUCAGGUUCCACCUGAAAGAACACCAAACAUGCUUGUUGCAGUGGGCCCAGAAGAGGAAAGACUGUGUGCGGCUGUGCUGUGUGAAGAUGACGAUUUGUGACUUUCCUGGAGAGAUUGUCAAGGAGGUCUUGCACAUUUUCCCGCCAGAAAAUAUUGAGGAUUUGGAAAUAUACAUAAACCAGGUGCUGCCCUUCCUGGGUCACAUUGCACCUCAACUUGGCCAUAUGACAAGACUUCGCAAAUGCCGUCUAAUUCACAUCUUCUUGAACUCAAACAUGGUUGUCAAUAAUUUGGAAGACACAGAGGAGAUGUGUGCUGCCCAGUUUCUCUCUCCGUUCUGCAAACUCAACUCUCUCAAGCAUCUAACUGUGGAUGACAUCUCCUUUUCCUCUGACAACAUGGGGCUGCUGUUUGGAUGCCUGAAGACCCCAUUGGAGUCCUUGACUAUCAGUCUCUGCCAUCUCUCCCAGUCAGACUUGAAACACUUGUCUCAGUGUCAGAGGCUCUGUCAACUGAAUCACCUGAACCUCAGGGGUAUAGUGUUGCCCAGGUUGAGUGUCACACAUCUCCGAGUUCUCCUUGAGAAUACAGCAGAGACUUUGAAGACCCUGGAGUUAGUGAACUGCAGGAUGGAGGACUAUGAGAUCAGUGCCCUCUGGCCUGCCCUGAGCCAGUGCUCACAGCUCACCACUGUGAAUUUCUAUGACAACGACUUCUCCACUGCUGUUCUGAAGAAGCUUGUGCAAAGCAUGGCCAAUCUAAGAAAAAUGACUGCAGAGUUCUACCCCGCCCCUCUAGAGUGCUAUGACCCCCUGGGUUCUGUUCUUGUGGAGGAAUUUGCCGAAGUAUGUUCUGAACUCCUGGAUAUACUCUCUUCCAAAAGGCAGCCCAAGACUACAGCUUUUGCUACAGUCAUCUGCCUUGAAUGCUGCAGGCGCUGUGUUUAUGACAUGGAGGCCAAACUUUGUCAGUGUUGGCAAUAA